GUGGAGCCAAACCAGUGGCUGCUCAGGCUGGCUGGCUGCUAAGGCUUGCUCCACACUUCUGCUGAAGAAGGGUAGAAAUUGACAUGGAACAAGGAAAGGGUCUGACUCGUUUCAUCCUGGCUCUCAUUCUUCUUCAAGGUACUGUGGCCCAGUCGAAGCAAGGAAAACAUCUGGUACGAGUGAAUGACAAUCAAGAAGAUGGUUCAGUACUUCUGAUUUGUGACUUGAAAGACAAAUACAUAGGAUGGUUUAAAGAUUCUCCAAAUACAGCUCUCCAAAAUACAAGUAAAAACACAUGGAAUAUAGGAAGUAGUGCCAAGGACCCUCGAGGGAUGUAUUGGUGUCAAGGAGCAAAGGACACUUCAAGGCCUCUCCAAGUAUAUUACAGAAUGUGUCAGAACUGCAUUGAGCUAAAUGCAGCCACCAUAUCUGGCCUUGUCUUUGCUGAAAUCAUCAGCAUAUUCUUCCUUGCUGUUGGAGUCUACUUCAUUGCUGGACAGGAUGGAGUUCGCCAGUCAAGAGCUUCAGACAAGCAGACUCUGUUGCCCAAUGACCAGCUUUACCAGCCCCUCAGAGAUCGGGAAGAUGACCAGUACAGCCGUCUUCAAGGAAACCACCUGAGGAAGAAGUGAGCUCAGGAGUCAGAGCAGGUGGUUCUUCAACACCAGUUCAGAGUGUUCUCCCUUCUAUCUACUUCUCAGAAUCAAAGCAAUUUAUUUUGGAAAGCUCUCAGAAGAGAGAUUUGCAGCCCCAAUUCUAAACUCCAGGUUUGCAGAGAUGACAAAUGGAGAAGAGGGGGCCACCAGAGCAAAUUUGGGUUUUUCUCAAAAUAAAAGUCAGGGCUGGGGAUAUAUCUCAACAGCAGAGCACUUGUCUAGCUGCCGAGGAUGUGGGAGAUAUGUGAGGCCCUGGGUUCAAUCCUGGGGGUGGUAAACAUAAGAACAUGGUGUUUCACGAGCGCCACCUAUUGGUAAAAAUGUAAAUGAAAAAUAAAAAGGUCAAAUAAACCCUCUACUAGAACAGAA